CGGCCGCGUGCGGAGCCGCGCGCCCCGCAGGCUCCGGGACGGUGGCGGCAGUUGGCGGCGGCGGCGGCGGCGGCGCAGCCCUCCGCGGGCCAUGUCUUUCCCGGCCGUGGCGAGGAGCUCCUCGAGAGGGAACCGGGAGAUGGCGCCCCGGCCGCGGAGCCGGGGCCGGUUCUGGGAAGUGGGCGGCGGCAGCGGGGACCGCCUGGAGCGCGCGGCCGCGGAGUCGGAGCGCUGGGAGCUGCUGCUCCGCCGGGGCGAGCUGCUGGCCCUGGGCGGCCACCUGAAGGGAGCGCUGGAGGCGUACGCGGCGGCGCUGCGGCGCGGGGCCCCGGUCCGGCCCGAGUGCCUGGGCACCCUGGUGGACUGCCUGGUGCUCAACUACCGGCUCCGCCACGGGCUGGGCUGGAGCGCCGCGCGGGCGGCGGACGCGGGCGCGGGCGGGCUGCUGAGCUGCCUGGGCUGCCGGGGCUUCCUGAGCGAGCCGGUGACCGUGCCCUGCGGCCACAGUUACUGCCGCCGCUGCCUGCGGAGGGAGCUCCGCGCCCGCUGCCGCCUCUGCCGGGACCGGCUGCCGCCCGCCGCCGCCGCCGCCGCGGAUGCUGAGGGCACCACCCCGCGGCCGCCGCCUCUGGCCGCCGCCAUCGCCGCCUCGGGCUUCCGAACCAGCGUCGUCCUCAACCACCUGGCGGAGAAGUGGUUCCCGAGCCAGCAGGAGCGAGCGCGGGCGGCCGGCCGGCUCGGGGAGCUGCUGCACCAGGGGCGCCACCGGGAGGCCCUGGCCGCCGCCGGCGAGGCGCUGCGAGCAGAGCCCAGCAACUUGACUUUAAAAAUUUACCGCGCUGAAUCCUAUGCUGGUCUCGGAGAGUUCAAAGCAGCCAUAGAGGAUCUGAAUGCAGUGCUCUUUCAGCUGCCAAGUUGGCCCGAGGUCUACUUCAGGAAAGGAAAGGUACUCCAUGAUGCUGGCUUUUUAGGGGAUGCCUUACAACUGUUCCUGCAGUGCUUAGCCCUUGAUGAAGACUUUGCACCUGCAAAGCUGGAAGUGGAAAAGAUUUUAUUUGAUUUAUUAUCACCUGAAAACUUAAAAGAAGGCCUGAAGGAUUCUUCCUGGAGUUCAUUGCCAUGUACUAAGAACAAACCUUUUGGUUUUCCGUCAGUAAUGGAAGAGUUUCACCCUGCCAGUGAGCUUAGCCCAGUGCAGAAUGAAGAAAUACCUGAGGCCUCAGCAGAACCUGUCAAAGGAAGCUUAAACCGUGCUCGGUCAGCACAGGCUAUAAAUUCCACAGAAAUGCCAGCCAGAGAGGAUUGCUUAAAACGAGUGUCCUCAGAACCUUUGCUCUCUGUUCAAGAAAAAGGUGCUCUCCUGAAAAGAAAGCUGUCUCUCUCAGAACAGGACGUGAUUGUCAAUGAAGAUGGAAGAAAUAAGCUUAAAAAGCAAGGAGAAACGCCCAAUGAGGUCUGUACCUUUUCAUUAACUUAUGGCGACAUCCCAGAGGAAUUAAUAGACGUCUCAGAUUUUGAGUGUUCUCUCUGCAUGAGGUUGUUUUUCGAGCCAGUAACAACCCCUUGUGGACACUCAUUCUGUAAGAAUUGUCUUGAGCGUUGUUUAGAUCAUACACCAUAUUGUCCCCUUUGCAAAGAAAGCUUAAAAGAGUAUCUAGCAGAUAGGAGGUACUGUGUCACACAGCUGUUGGAAGAAUUAAUAGUGAAGUAUCUGCCUGAUGAGCUGUCUGAGAGAAAAAAAAUAUAUGAUGAAGAAACUGCUGAACUCUCACACUUGACCAAGAAUGUCCCAAUAUUUGUUUGCACUAUAGCCUACCCCACUGUGCCUUGCCCUCUUCAUGUAUUUGAGCCAAGAUAUAGAUUGAUGAUUCGAAGAAGCAUACAAACUGGAACUAAACAGUUUGGGAUGUGUGUCAGUGACACCCAGAAUGGUUUUGCAGAUUAUGGUUGUAUGUUACAAAUUAGAAAUGUACAUUUUUUACCUGAUGGAAGGUCUGUGGUGGAUACGGUUGGAGGAAAGCGGUUUAAGGUUUUAAAAAGAGGAAUGAAAGAUGGAUAUUGCACUGCAGACAUUGAAUAUCUGGAAGAUGUUAAGGUGGAGAAUGAAGAUGAGAUAGAGAGUCUCAGGCAGCUUCAUGAUUUGGUCUAUUCUCAAGCCUGCAGCUGGUUUCAGAAUUUAAGAGACAGAUUUCGAAGCCAAAUUCUUCAGCACUUUGGAUCAAUGCCUAGGAGGGAGGAAAACCUUCAGGCAACUCCUAACGGACCUGCCUGGUGUUGGUGGCUUCUUGCAGUUCUCCCUGUGGAUCCCCGAUACCAGCUGUCAGUUUUGUCAAUGAAGUCUUUGAAGGAACGGUUGACAAAGAUACAGCAUAUCCUGACCUAUUUUUCUAGAGACCAAUCUAAGUAACUAACUGCUUGGAUCUUCCUUUAAAGUUACCCUAACCUGGCUGUGCCGAUGGCCAGGUUGUCCGCUGCCUUUGCACAUCCAGUGCUGGUUUGAAAAAUGUAUGGAAACUCU